AUGUUGGUAAAAAGAAAUUCUGAAGAGAAUGUUGUGUUAGAAGGAAAGAGGAAAAGGAAGAAGAAGAAGCAAGUUACCACUCCUCGUCCUGCGUGCUCAUGGGUGUAUUUUAGCCGAGACUUUAUCAAGGAAUACAGUGCUUCACAUCCUGAAUCCUCUGGCCUUAAAGCUGCCACGAAGGCAGCUUCAGAUGCAUGGAAGUCUAUGAGCCUUGAGGAGAAAGCAAAAUACACAAUGCGUGCUCGUGAAGUGUGGGAUAACUACUUGAGUACAGCCCCCACCCGUACCCCUAAGCCAAGAAAGCAGGCUAAACUAGUCACAAGAUGCUCUCCUGGCCGCUUAUUCAAUGUGAUACAACGCCUCACAACUGAACAAAGGGCUGCAGUGAAGAGCAUGGGUUUUGGGAGCCUUCUUGACCUUAGAUGCCGAACUCUCCGCCGCAGCUUGUGUCUUUGGCUACUGGAGAGGUUUGACACUACACAACGUAGCUUGGAUAUUUGUGGAGAACGUAUUCCUUUAACACCAAAAGAUGUCGAGCUUGUGAUGGGAUUAGCAGCUAGUGGGAAGGAUGUGGUAAACUCAGGGCCUGAUGACUUGAUUGCAGACUUGCGGCACAGUUAUGAUGCUACAAAUCAUGGUAUUUCAGUCAGGCUCCUAGAAGAGAGGUUGGCAGAGCCUGAAGCAGGAGAGGAAUUUAAGAGAUCAUUCGUCCUCUAUGCGUUGGGCACUCUUCUGUCCCCAACAGCAAGGUUGGAUGUCAGCCCUUCAUUCCUUCACUUCUUGACGAAUAUAGAUGUUGUCCACCAGUAUAAUUGGGGGAAGUUCUUACUCGACCGGCUAGUUUGUGAGGUAUCUCGUUUUCAUCAAGGGAAGCAACGUGCAGUUGGUGGCUGUCUUCUGUUUCUCCAGCUCUUUUAUUAUGAAAGUAUCUCUGUUGAGGAAAAUGAUGCCUUGGCCCCUGCUGUUGUUCCAUUCCUAUCUUCAUGGGGCGAGGACGAGAUUACUGAAAGGGAGAAGCGGGAAAGAGAGCUUGGUGGUUAUGGAUGUGGGGAGGUGGUAUGUAGGGAGAGGUGUUUUGAUUUGGAUUCUUGCGAGUUUAUAGGUCAAUUGGAUAGGCAACCAGAAUGCAAUAUAAGUAGUGGGGUUGAGCAUGAUGCUCCCUUUGAGCAUAAGGAGAAUCAGGUUGAAGAACAGAUUGGUGAAUUUACUUUGGAGGAGGAAAAUAUGCUAGUGUUUGUUAGGAAUAAGGACAUAGUGUGUGGUGAGAUUGAACUAGUAGUUGAAUCAGUCAGAAAACAAUGCCAGAACAGAGAUUAUGGGUGUGAUGAAAUAGUGGAUUAUAUGAAGAAUAAUGACCAUGAAGAAACAUGCAUCUAUGGACCAUGUUCAUGCCCCCUUCCAGACUGCAACUUUGUUAGCUCAUCUGAACAGUUGUCACUGCAUUUCAGCAGCAAGCAUUGGGAUUCUGGAAGGCGUUUCAGAUACAACACCCCUUUAGCUGUCUCGUUGGGGAUAAACGAAGAAUUUCUUGUUCUUCAAGCAGAGGAGGAUGGCGCUCUCUUUCUCCUCAACAAGGGUACAGAAAGUAUUGGAAACAGAGUCAUGAUAACUUCAAUCAGACCAAUUUCUUCAGAAGAAAGGUUCGCAUAUAACCUAGUAUCAGGACGGGGAAACAGUUCUCUCAGAUUCAAAUCAGUGACACAAAACUUUCCAGGCCGGGUGGAAGGGUUCCCCCAAAUGGAUUUUCUUCUGGUUCCAUUUUGUUUCUUCACUUCGUCUGGGCAACUCAACUUAGAAGUAUGUAUACAGAAUACCACAGAACUCACUGCAGAUUGCCCUUGA